UUUAAGCUUUCUUGAGAACAAGAUUGUGCAUAGAUCUCUUCUUAGCUUUGUUUCUCUUUUAUGUCUAAAGAUCUUGAAAGUAUUGUGUAAAAUAACUUCUUAAAAGAGUGAAAACAAUGAAGUUUAUGAAACUUGGAACCAAACCUGAUUCAUUUCAAUCUAAAGGAGACAAUGUUAGGUAUGUAACAACUGAGUUAGAAGCAGAGAUCAUCAUCAUCAUCGACAAUGUCAAAUUUUAUCUGCAUAAGUUCCCAUUGCUGUCGAAAAGCGGAUUCUUGCAGAAACUCAUAGCAACAUCAAAAAAUGAAGAGGAGAAGAAGAACCAAAUUGAUGAGAUUGACAUAUCAGAGAUUCCUGGUGGUUCUGUUGCGUUUGAGAUUUGUGUCAAGUUCUGUUACGGCAUCACGGUGACUUUAAACGCUUACAAUGUAGUAGCAGCUCGUUGCGCGGCUGAGUUCUUGGAGAUGAAUGAAACGUUUGAGAAAAGCAAUCUUGUUUACAAGAUUGAUGUUUUCUUGAACUCAACCAUCUUCCGUAGUUGGAAAGAUUCUAUAAUUGUGCUUCAGACCACAAAAGAUCUCUUGUCUAAUUACUCAGAAGAGCUCUUGAAGCGUUGUCUUGACUCUAUUGCUUCUACAGCUUCGAUAGACACGUUGAAAGUCAAGUGGUCUUACAGUUACAACAGGAAGAAGAAGCUUGAGAACGUGAAAAAACCAGAAGAUGCGGUUCCAAAAGACUGGUGGGUAGAAGAUUUAUGCGAUCUUCAUAUGGAAUUGUAUAAACAAGCCAUUGAAGCAAUCAAGGCGAAAGGGAAAGUCCCGAAUACCGUUAUUGGAGAAGCGUUACACGCUUAUGCAAAAAGAAGAAUAGCUGGUUUUAGUAAAGGCUCAAUGCAAAUCGUUGAUAAAUCUUUAACUGAUACAAUCAUUGAGCUUAUACCAGGUGAGAAAAGAAGUGUUUCUUCUAGUUUCUUGACCAAGUUACAUCGAGCAUCGAUCUUUCUUGGAUAUGAAGAAACAGUGAAAGAGAGGUUAAAGAAAAGAAUCAGUGAGCAGCUUGAAGAAACAACAGUGAAUGAUAUCUUGAUGUAUGAUUUGGAUAUGGUGCAGAGCCUAGUGAAGGAGUUUAUGAACCGUGAUCCGAAAACUCAUUCGAAAGCAUCUGUUGCAAAACUCAUAGAUGGAUACUUAGCUGAGAAAUCAAGAGAUCCUAAUCUUCCUCUUCAGAACUUCCUCUCGCUCGCGGAGACACUCUCUAGCUUCCCAAGACAGUCUCAUGACGGGUUAUAUCGCGCCAUAGACAUGUUUCUCAAGGAACAUUCGGGUGUUAGCAAGAGCGAGAAGAAGAGAGUAUGCGGGUUAAUGGAUUGCAGGAAACUAUCAGCGGAAGCGUGUGAACAUGCUGUGCAGAACGAACGUUUGCCAAUGCGAGUGAUAGUGCAAGUUCUCUUCUUUGAACAGCUCAGAGCCAAUGGUUCAUCAACAGGAUACAGUACUCCUGAGCUCACCACAACGACUCUAAACACUGAGGAUGAUGAAUGGGACCAUGAGAAAGAGUUUUGAUCUCAGCAUUAUUGAAUCUUUUAUCAUAUGUUUCUUCAGAACUUUACAUCAAACUUUGAGUUUUUCCUGGUUAUUGUUUUUCUGAAUUGGAAACAUUUUGGUCCUGACCUUCGUAAAUGGGUCAGGUAGUAAUGGGUUUUGUGUCUGGGCUUGAAGCCGUUCCAAUCUCAAUUUUUAA